AUGAAUGAUAUUGUUGAUGUAUCUAUUGUGAAUAAUGUAGAGCAAUCACAACCAGAACAACAACAACAACAAGAGAAAGAUGAACCUACUCAUCAAACAGAGACAAAGGUUGCUGAACAAAUUGAGAAGGAGGACGACACAGAAGAAGUAGAACAACCUCAGCCAAAGACUGAGAACAAGCAAGAUGUUAAAGAGGUUGAAGAGAAGCCUCAGCCUCCUGUUGAACCAACAAAGGUCACCUCAUCAUCACCACCUCCACAACGACAGCAGGAGCAGCAACAACCCAAGCCACAACAACAGCCACAACCAAAGCCACAGCCACAGCCACAGCCACAACAAUCAUCUGGAGGCUGGGGUGGUUGGUUCUCGAGUGUGGCAAGCGCAGUCACAUCAACAGUCACUUCAACAAUCACUUCAAUCACAACUGAUGAUGAACCAGAUCCUGAACCACUCACAUUGUACAGAAAGGAUGGUCCGGUGACCACAACAUCAACAAAGAAGCCUGAGCAACAGCAGUCGUCUGCUGAACAAAAGAAGACAGAGCAACAACAUGAAGAUGCCGAGGAUGAUGAGGAUGUUGAGACAAAGAAUGAAGACAUUGCACAAGACGAUGAGGAGGAGAAUGUAGAAGGAACAAAGAAGGCUGAGGACGAUGAUGAAGAUGAUGUCGAAGGACUGUUGAAUGUUCUCGACAAGGGUGUCUUUAAGACGGCCGAUAUCAUCGCUGGAUCAUUGUUCUAUGCUGGCAAUCUGUUCUCCAGUGGACUAAAGACAGUGCAAGAGAAUGCCAAGAUUGAGAAUGUCAAGGGGUUGGCUCAUGACGUGGCCAACAUCUCCCUCGAGACUACCAGGAAGGCGACCAACUCAGAGAUAUACGGCAAGGGACAGAAGAUUGCCUCGCAGAUGAUGGACACGUCGGUGGAGCGUCUCGAGUCUGUUGGACAGCGCGCCUACACACUCUUUGCCGAGACUAAGAAGAACAUGGCCCAGCCAGGCGCAGCUGGUGGCAGUCCUCCAACUGGCUCGACCGCACCAGGCUCACCUCCAGGUACCUCCACAUCCACAACCACCACAUCCUCGACCUCGGCGACCAAGAACAAGGUGACAUCGAUCACUUUGGAGGGCGAUGUAGUGUUCCCCGACAACCAGUUUGACAGCGCGCGAUGCUUUGAGCACUUCAAAAUACCGACGACACAGCAAGAGAUCGAGAGGAUAUCAAUAGAGUCCACGAUGAAGAUUCAUCAGUUCAAUCGCAAGGUGCCCAAGGACAUGAAGUCCGCCGUGGAGGCACUGUUCACCGAGAUCAAGGAGACGAUGGAGGACGACACAUUGGUGAUGAAUGAGAAGCCCAAGUCAUUGACCACCAGCAACCAAUCAUUCGAGUUGGAGGAGCAGUACAAUGAGUACUUUGGUGCACUGCAGGAGUAUCUGCCCAAGUUGUCAAGUCAAUCGCAACAGGCAGCACUCUGUCGUGGUCUUGAGAAGAUGAUUCACCUGGCAUCCAUCGGUAUCGAAUUGAUCAACUCCAUCGCACAAUCAGACAUGGAUCAGAAGCAAGAUAACACCUCCAGCGCACAAGACGACACUCAACGCAAGGAGUCAACACUCUCCAAAGCCAAAGACUAUUCAUACCUAAUCAACAAGAUUGUAUCAGACACCAAGAGUAUCUCAUCAGUGAUCACAGAGAUUGUAAAGACAAAGCAGAAUCCACAGACGAGGAAGUAUUUGAAUACCAUAUCAAUUGAGACGAACAACGUCAUAUCGACCAUCACAGACGCAAGGGGAUGCUUCGUUGCCAUCUGUUCAUUAUUGUACAUCAAUUCCAGUCCACCUCGUGCCGCCAAACAAUAA